GAGAGAGGGAGAGAGUGAGAGAUUUUACCAACUAGUUUCGCAAACCACGCAUAUCUUUAAGCUGACGGAGGCACUUCAGCGAGUCAGAACGAGCCCUGCAGACUGACACCAACAUGAGUAAAACAUUUCUCCACUUUGACAGCGAAGAAACACGUCACCACGCGCUCCAGAGCGCCGGUGUGCCCGUCUCCAGCGCGGACCUCCAGCUUAAACUGACGGAAAACAAGAGCGGCCUGGGGAUGGAGAACGGCACUGGGAAGAAACUCAUAGAGAUAACUGGACCGGCUUUAUCCAAAAGAAAACUUCUGGUCGGCUUAGACCUGCUCUGCCUCUUUCUUGCUUCCAUCCCUUUAUUUGCAUGUGAGCUAAAGGCACUGAGUCCUUACAGAAGAGGCUUCAUUUGUGGGGACCCCAGCAUCACGUAUCCUUACCUGCACAGAGAAGCCAUACCAGAUGAAUUACUCAUCACAGGUGGCAUCAUCAUCACCGGCCUCACUAUCGCCCUCGGCGAGUGUUAUCGGGUGCGUUUCCACGGUGUCAGCUCGAAGGCCUUUGUGAGGAACGUAUACGUUUCGUGCCUGUACAAGGAGCUGGGGUGCUUCCUGUUUGGAUGUUGUGUUGGCCAAUCACUGACCAACAUGGCCAAGCUCAGCGUGGGACGGCUGCGACCGCACUUCCUGUCAGUGUGCGGCAUUACCUAUGCAUCACUCAACUGCACACCUGGGACCUACAUUGAAACAGUGACUUGUCGCCAGCCUGACCACCAGUUAGAGGAGGAAGCCAGGAAGUCCUUUUUCUCGGGCCAUGCUUCUUUUGCGAUGUUCACAAUGCUCUAUUUAGCUUUUUACCUGCAGGCACGGCUGACGUGGCGCGGAGCUCGGCUGCUGAGACCCAUGCUGCAGUUUUUCUUGAUUAUGCUGGCAAUCUACACAGGCCUGACCCGUAUCUCAGACUACAGGCACCACCCGUCUGAUGUAUUAGCAGGCUACAUACAGGGAGCUCUCACUGCCUACUGGGUGGCGGCUGCACGGAAUUGCUUCCUGCUGUGUCGACCUCUCCACUACCUCAGCAUUCACCUGUAG